AUGGCAGCUGCAAUGACAGUAUCAAAUAAAUCUUCUCUUAUUAAUUCAUCACAACAUUCAUCACCAGUAAUUAAUCCAAUAGAAUCAUUUUCUCUAACUUCAUCCUCAACAGCACUUUCACCUGAAUCAUCCAAUUCAAUGUCAUCACCAGAUAAAUCAUUUGUAUUAAAUGAACACCACCACCAACAACAAUCAAUUCGUCUUGUUGAUUAUUUUGUGGUUUGUGGAUUAGAUAAAUAUCUUGAUAUUGAACCUUUAUCCGAAUUACCUGUAGGUGAACAAGUUUUAAAUCCAUUUGAUGAAGAUGCGAUUAGUCGUUCGUCAAUGCCAGAUGGUGUUUCUAUUCGACUAAAUUCUCCUGAUCCCCGAACAACACAUCCUUUUUUAAUAACACGUCUUGAUGGAACAUGUUAUUAUGGUGUUACAUUAACAUUUUUUGAACAAAUAAAUAAUGAUGAUGAAAAUAUUUCU